CUUCCAGAUCGAUUUAAGUUUGCUCCAGAGAUGGAAGGAUAUGUAGAUGAAUUUCUGAAGAGCUGUGAUGACCCAGAGAGGCAGCUGGCAGUGAUGAUUGGCUUCUCUACCCUCACCAAUCAAGGCUAUUCAGUGUUUUCCAGCUCUUCCAGGGUAGUUAGACACCUGCAGCCAAUGGCAUUACAAAAAUACAUUGACUGGCUCAAAAACAUGUUUCUCAGGCCAGACCUUGACUGUUGUUUAGACUUCUCAAGUAACCGACAGAAACAGAACCAGGAAAAUGUAAACAUAGCACGACGUAAGAUUGUUCGAUUAAGAAAGUGGAUCAUCCACCGACUUGCUAACAUCAUUGAAAGUGCAGUGAAAAAAGAAGAGAGCCUUGUAAUAGACAUUUCCAGGUUUUGCUUUUUCCAUGCUUUUUUUGAGGCUAAGAAAACGACUCCACAGAUACGUGAGGCAAAUGUCCUUCCAUCAGAGCCCCUGUAUGAACAGGGUCAUUCAAUGGCAGAAAGCUACUUCUUUGGGUUACUUCAGACUUUAAACACAUUGACUGUUUUGGGGGAUACAGCAAAGGCUGCAGCCUUGAGGGAGAAGCACAUCCAUGGUGUGACUGCAGAUGGGAAGCUGUGGAUAUUUCUUCUUGUUGAGUAUGCCAACAAGCUCCUGUUCUCCUGUGAGCAUAUCAAAGCUGUGAAGCCUUUUACCACAGAACAGAGGGAUGCCUGGGAGAGGACACUUCAUUCUGUGAAGAAUCUGCAGAAGAAGGAAAAUAAAUCAGACAGUGCUAAAGUUGUUGCUUUCCAGCAGCUUCUGCUUCUAAUGGCCAUUCAUCUUUUCAAAAAUCCGUCUGAAACUAUGGAUGUUCUGAGUGACCUUCUGAACUGCACAGAGAGGGCAUUCAGCGAAGAACCUAAGAAGAAAAAGACUGACAACACAGAGCCAGGAUGGGUUGAGGUGAUGGUGGAAAUCCUUCUCUCCCUCCUUGCCCAGCCCAGCCUACUCAUACGUCGGAUUUCCAAGAGCGUGUUUGUACGGAUAUGUCCUAAUCUGACCAAAAAGAGCUUGCAGCUGAUCCUGGAUGUUCUUGACCCAUACCAGGAGCAAAAUGAAGAAAGCGCUGUUGUUGUGAUGGAAGAAAAAGACAGAAAGAUCAAAUCCGCACAGGACGUGGAAGAGGAGGAAAGUGAGGACUCCUCAGAUGAAGACGACACUGAGGAAGAGAAUGACAGUGGAGAUGAGGAAGAGAAUGAAGAAGUUGAUGAUGAUUUUCGCAGUCAGCUGAUGAAUGUUCUCCAAGCAGGGAAUGCAUUGGGAGGAGAUGAGAAUGAUGAAGAGCUGGAUGAUGAGGCUAUGAUGGCACUUGACAAGAACAUCUCAGCCCUUUUUGCCGAGCAGCAGAAACGGAUCCAGGCGAAGAAGGAUGAGAAAGACAGGUUGCGGAAAGAGAAGAUCCUACGGAGGGAUUUCAAGAUUAAGGUGCUGGAUCUGAUUGAAGCAUUCCUGACUAAGCAACCCGAGAAUCCCUUGGUGUUUGACAUCAUUGAGCCUCUGCUUCGGGUGAUUGAACAGUGCAUGAGCUCAGACUCUGACAAGCAGGAGAUUGACUUCCUCCAGAAAACAGCCAAUAUCUUCAGGAAUUCAUUGUGUCGAACUAAGCAGUACUGCAAGAACGUGGAUGCCCUGCAAGAAGAUUUGCAUGCUUUUAUGGAGAGGCUUGUGAAAAAAGCCUGCAAGCACACUGACUCUUCAGUGGCUCUCUAUUAUUUCAGUGCCUCAUUAUACCUGCUCAAAGUGUUGAAAGGAAAUGUAUCUGACAAGUCAUUAACUCCUGCCCCUCUGCCAGAAAAACAGAGCAACGCCAUCCCACAGGCUUUUCAGCUUAUGAGCACAGGUUGUCUGGAUAUGAAGAGGGUGACUGAAAUAUAUCAGCAAGCACUGACACAACUCUUGACUAAACGGAACAGUGCUCUUACAAUCUCCAUGUUCCAUGAUCUCUUCAGACGCUUCCCGAUCAUGUGUAAGCCAUUAGUAGAUACUCUUGUCAAGUCUAUCACAGCGGGAGCCAGGCAACAUCAUCAG